GCUCGUCGCUGCUACUGCAGCCGGUGCAGAGCAGGAGACUCGCAGCAUUCUCUCCAUCACACGCAGGCGGAAUGGCUUGAGAUCAGACAUCGUGGACUCGUCUCGUUCGGCUCACGCACUAUGAUUUUGUGACUGUCUGAGUAUGCGUGCGUGUGUGUGCGUGUAUGCGCGCGCGCGCGCGCAUGUUAGCCCGCCUUGCCGCGAAUUGCUGCAGUGCUGUUUUCCAGGUGUGCGAGUGCGUGUGUGUGAGAGUGUGUAAGCGUGUGUGCGUGUAAGAGUGUGUGCAUGGUGUUGUAGCCUGGUGUAAUUCUCUUACGAAUUGUACUAAGCCGGGGAACGGAGUCUGAUGUCACAUGUGCUUCAUCGGAGGAGACGGGGCAUCUGCAAGCUGGAUUUUGUGGAGGAUGCUGCGGCAAGUGAUACACAGAGGGCUCAAGGCUUCGUUCUACUGGCUGGGCUUAUUCGUUAGCAGACAUCCCGUUUUCUUCCUCACCGUCCCUGCGGUGCUCACCAUCAUUUUCGGAUCUACAGUGCUGAGCCGAUUCAAGCCGGAGACGGACCUGGAGGUACUGGUCGCCCCGACUCACAGCCUCGCCAAGAUCGAGCGGAGUCUCGCUAACAGCUUGUUUCAAAUCGACCAGUCAAAGCACAAGCUGUACUCGGAUUUGCACACCCCGGGCAGAUAUGGCAGGCUGAUCCUGCUCGCCAAGUCCGGGGGGAACAUCCUGGAGCUGGCCGAUCAGGUCCUGCAGGUCCACAAGCAGGUGUUGGAUUUGCGCGUCAAUUACAAGGGAUUCAAUUUCACGUUCGCGCACCUCUGCGUCUUGAGCCACAGGGACAAGCGCUGCCUACUGGAUGAUAUCAUCACCAUCUUCGAAGACAUCAGGCAGGCUGUGCUUUCCAACAGCACUUUCCACAAGGUGCCCAUUAGUUAUCCGAACACAACAUUAAAGGAUGGCCGUGUGGCCUUCAUCGGGCACCAGCUGGGCGGUGUGUCCUUCUCACCCAACAGCCGUGACCAGCAAGUCAAGUUUGCUCGUGCUGUCCAAAUCACAUACUACCUCCGAAAUCAUGGACCCGUGGUGCAGGAUGCUAUUGCAGAGCGCUGGGAGAAUGAGUUCUGUGCCCUGGCCAGUCGACUGUCCACAGCCGAGGUCCCCCAUGCACCAGACCAGCUCCACAUCCAGUCACUCACAUCCUUCAGUCUGUGGCGGGACUUCCAUCAGACGGGCCUGCUGGCCAAGGGUGAGGUGUUGGUCAGUCUGGUGCUGGUGCUCCUGGCCGCCACCAUCUCCAGCUCUAUGCGGGACUGCCUAAGGGGGAAACCUUUCCUGGGACUCCUGGGUGUGCUGACCAUCUGCAUUGCCAAUGUGACGGCUGCAGGGAUCUUCUUCAUAUCAGAUGGGAAGUUCAACUCUACAUUACUGGGGAUACCAUUCUUUGCAAUGGGUCAUGGAACCAAAGGGGUGUUUGAGCUCCUGGCGGGCUGGAGGAGAACCAGGGAAAACCUCCCCUUCAAGGAGCGAGUUGCAGACGCGUUUGCCGAUGUGAUGGUGUGCUACACUAUGACCAGUUCACUCUACAUCAUAACGUUUGGCAUGGGAGCUAGCCCUUUUACUAACAUCGAGUCAGUGAAAAUCUUCUGCCAGAGCAUGUGUGUGGCCAUCCUGGUCAACUACUUCUAUGUUUUCUCUUUCUAUGGCUCCUGUCUGGUGUUUGCUGGACAGCUUGAGCAGAACCGCUACCACAGUGUUUUCUGCUGUAAAAUCCCCUCAGUGGAGUACCUGGACCGCCAGCCCACAUGGUUUAAAACCAUGAUGAGUGAUGGCCACGACCUGUCCACACACCAUGACAGUGUACCAUACCAGAAUCACUUCAUCCAACACUUUCUGCGAGAGCACUACACAGAAUGGAUUACCAACACCUAUGUCAAACCAUUUGUGGUCAUUCUCUAUCUUAUUUAUGCUUCUUUCUCAUUCAUGGGAUGUUUACAAAUCAGUGAUGGAUCAAAUAUUGUGAACCUGUUGGCGAGUAACUCUCCAAGUGUUUCGUACGCUCUAACUCAGCAGAAGUACUUUAGUAACUACAGUCCAGUGAUUGGAUUUUAUAUUUAUGAACCCAUUGAGUACUGGAACUCCACAGUGCAGGAGCACUUGAAGACUUUGAGUCACGGUUUCAACAAGAUCUCCUGGAUGGACAACUUUUUCCACUACUUGCGGGUAGUGAAUGUGAGUGCGUCGACUAAGAACGACUUCAUCACCAUCCUUAAAGGUUCCUUCUUGCGUAGCCCAGAGUACCAGCACUUCACAGAGGACAUCAUAUUUUCCAAGAACAGCGAGACUGACGAAUAUGACAUCAUUGCUUCAAGGAUGUACUUGGUAGCGCGAACCACUGAGAAGAAACGUGAGGAGGUGGUGGAGCUUUUGGAAAAGCUUCGGCCCUUGAUGCUGAUCAACAGCAUCAAAUUCAUUGCCUUCAAUCCAACGUUUGUGUUCAUGGAUCGGUAUAGCUCCUCUGUCAUCUCCCCCAUUCUGACCUCAGGCUUCAGCGUACUCACCAUCCUCAUCCUCACUUUCUUCCUGGUCAUCAACCCAUUGGGAAAUUUUUGGCUCAUCCUCACAGUUACAUCCGUGGAGCUGGGUGUCUUGGGUUUGAUGACUCUCUGGAAUGUCGGCAUGGACAGCAUCUCAAUCCUGUGCCUUAUUUAUACCCUCAACUUCGCCAUGGAUCACUGUGCACCACACCUGUACACUUUUGUGCUGGCCACCGAGCACACUAGGACGCAGUGCAUCAAGUUGGCACUGGAGGAGCACGGGGCUGCCAUCCUGCAGAACACAUCUUGCUUUGUGAUUGGGAUCAUGCCCCUGGUGUUUGUGCCUUCCAAUCUGACCUACACACUGUUCAAGUGCUCCCUCCUCACCGCGGGCUGCACUGUGCUGCACUGCUUUGUCAUUUUGCCUGUCUUCCUGACCUUCUUCCCGCCGUCCAAAAAGAGGCACAAGAAAAAGAAACGGGCCAAGCGGAAAGAGCGGGAGAGGGAGAGGGAGAGGGAGCGGGAAAGAGAAAGGGAAAGGGAAAGGGAGGAGAUAGAGUGCAUUGAAGUCAGGGAGAAUCCGGAUCAUGUGACAAACGUCUGAACAGUUUGUAAGGAUAGCAGUCAAUAGUAGUGCUGGAUGCUGAGGUACCUCUUGAGGUGCAGGGGAAUAUGACAUUUCCCCUGAGGAGUGAGAGGUCAUCACUCCUAGCCAAUAGCAGCUAAGCUGGCCAGAAUCGAGUGCAGCCCUACUGGUCAGUCGUGUAGUCCUUCAGUCUGGACAGUGUAUCUCAUUUGCGCAAACUGCAACAUGGUCAUGGUUCUAAGGCUCUUUUCCAACUCUUUGGUCUAUAGAAACAAGUUAGUUAGCAGAACACAUGCUUGCUCAAUCUGUAAGUAAAUCUUGAACACACAGUAUGUUAUUCCAUUUAAAUAUUAGUAAUUAUGUGUUUGUCUCCUGCAGCCCUCUUCUCAAAAUGAGUGAGGAUCAUAGCAGUCUAUUAAGCCAAGGACAUUCAAACAAGUUGGCAAAAGCAGCAAGAGCGAUAAAGAGUGUACAAAUUAAAACUGUGCAAACAAUGACUGUGCACGCACAUUACUCCUCACACCUUGAUAAAGGUGAAAAGAAACAAAGCCAAAUUGUGUGGAAAGAGAGAAACAGUGGGCUGAAAGCACACUGCAUGCUUUUCUGUAUCAUUAUAAAUAACCGAACAGCUGAACUGGGCAGAUGGCAUACACUGUGUCCAUUAUGAAGAAUUAUCUUGCACAUUGCAGUGUGUGAUUAGAACUGUCAAGGUUUAUAUAAGCGGGAAGCAAAUAUUUCUGCUUUAAUUCAGAGGUUGUAUCAGGUCUUAGGCAACAGCAGAAGGAACUGCAGUGGGCUGCAGCAUAUGAAGAGGAAGUGAUAAGUGACAGUCGUGCAGGAGUCUUUGAGAAGGCAGUAAGCCUGAUUCUUAGAGUAUGACUUAACUAAAUCCUAAACUGCUUUUGAACCCAAGCAGCAAAACCAAAAGUAAAGAGUGUUUCCGUGGCUUGAAACGUCGAACUUCCUACCAGAAAAUGUUCCCAAAAAAAAAGUGUGUAACUGUCCCCAAAAGCUUACUGUUACUGAAAUUGGAAGGUCUGAAUAUGAGUCAGUACAGCGGUGGUGCCAAACAGUGUACAGAACAAAAGUCUUGGCAAGAUUGAACAUUUACAUGAAGUGACAAGUUAUUUGAGCUUAUUUAAAGGAUUGCUGGUUGAUGUUGCCCAGGUUGUGAUGUGAAUUAUAGCACUGGCUGUAAAGUAUAAGGUCAGUGUGAAAAGAAGACAAAGGAAUCUAGCUGUUGUUGCACAAGUAGGAAAACAGAAAUCAGGAAAGCAAGAGUUAUUCAGAGGUCAAGUUAAAGAAAUUGUUAAUGAGUUAUUCCAUCAAGGUUACAGAAAAUAGCGGGCAACAGUUAGCAUGGGAAGUGACAACAACACUGUAAAAGUCAGGGUGAAGACCAUUACUGCCACCUGCAGGGUUGAAGCUGGUCUUGUCAAUAUAGUAUCAGUGCAUUUGGAUCUAAUCCUUCAAAAUAAAAUUCCAUCAAAAACUUGAGUUGUCCUCUGCAAAUACCCUUUUCAAAAUUCACUUUUUGAAGUGCAAAAAUGGCUCCCGUCUCCCCCAGAAGGUAAACAGAAUUAUCUACGUGUGCCAAGGCCCGAUAAGGAUCUCUGUUGCAGCCCCAAAACAAACACACCCAAGGUCAGCUGCCCUCAAAGAUACCAAUCACACUCUGACCUCUCGCAGGCAGGUCUUAGCUGGUGGCAUGUGAUAGAGACACCCCAUAUGUGAGCAGAUGUGGCUGAUUAAAGGCGAAUACCUUCUUAGGGGACGAGCUGCUUCUUACAGGGCUGUCAUUGAGGGGACACUGCUGUUUCAUCCCUUUGUGCUGCCAUCAAGAAACUGACUCACACAGGGAAAAUAAUCGGGCAGCUUGGGGGGUGGGGAGGUCAGAAUGUUCAUUUGGACCAAAUGUCAGUGUGAAAUAUGUGCAUAUGUUCGCGAAAUGAGUGCAUACAUCUGUGUGAUGAAUGGCUCGUUCUCAAAAACACUAUUAAAAUGACUUAAUGUGUAAAUCAGUGAACGAAUGAUAGACAAUUGUGGAAAGGAGACUUCAGCCUGUAUUACUUUACCAUGAAUGGAUUAUUUAAAGUUUCUGCUAUUUGAAAAUUGGUGUAGUUUCACUUUCAUCAACCAGGCCCUACUAAGAAAUGAUGAGUUUUAUACAAGCUACUUGCUGCAGCAGCUGCAGUCUUAUGUAAAAGCCAUGGUGUGUAUGUAUAGCAAGAAGGCAUGAAACGUUGACAGAAAUGCAAAUAAAAUGGGAAAGAAAUGCAAAUCCUAAACAAUUUACUUCCCAGACUGGACUGUGUUUGCAUGGCACUGUAUUGUAUGUAUGCAUGUAUUUAAUUUCUCUCUAUGAAGACUAUGUAUUUUUUUCUUUUUUCUAUUAUUUUGCUACACUGUAGUGACUUAUGUUUGUUGUUUGGAUGCAUACUCUGUAACACCAUGUGCUGCAAAAGAACAAAAUGUGUCAUACUUGUUUCAAAACAAAAGCCAGAGGAUAUUUGUGUAAUAUAGCUGUAAAUUACUCUUUUCUAUAUUUUCUAAGAAAACAAAUAUACUAUAGAAAGAUUUUUAAUGACAAAUUUUCUUAAAAAAACAAAAAAAACAAAAACAAAAUAAAAACAAAAAAGGGGAAAAAAUGUUGAACACAGUAGGCCAGUAAUAAACAGUGGAAUGUUACCAGUAUACUAGAUCGUAUUUCUUGCAAACUGCAGUGUCAAUGUUGAUGAUUCACGUUUUUAUAUGGGAAACUGUGGCCACCAUUUAUUGUUUAUGUGUCUUGACUCCAUUAUAAUCUUUACUUGGUACUCACAUUUAAGGAAAUCGAACCUUAAACAGCCCUUUGUCAGUCUUUUGAACAAUCUAUCAAGCUUUGUAAUGAUUACUUUGAACAGAAAACCUAGAUUAGAAAUUUACACAAUAUUGGGAAUAAUGUUGUGAUGAACAUCUAUUAUAGUUUGCUAUGUGACAAGUCAAGCUUAGCAGCAAAAAUAUAAAUAUCUAGCUUAACUCUUCUGGAACUUUGGUCCUAAAUAUUAGUGUCCUCUUACUGUAUGGAACCUGCCAUCACUGCCUGACGAGCUGUUGUUUGCAUCAUAUCCACAUUCAACUCUUUUUGGCUUUUUUGUAAUGACUUUAAUACCUAGUGCCAUCUGUUUCAGCUAAAGUCUGCUCAAAAGGGAUACUAAAACAUAAAUAGAAAUGAAUCUUCUAUGACAACAUGUAGAGUCUUUCCAGUUGAAUGCUGUAUCUUAAUAGUUUCAUUUUUGAAGAAGGAAACCUGAGAGGAGCCCUGCGUUAUUUUGAUAAUGUAAAAAAUCCUUUGACAACCCCAAAGCAACAGUCUCUGAUAUCCUUACACUAUCUGGGCACAUUCUCAGCCCCAUUUACGAAAUGCAAAAUAAUGACCUGUAAAUAUUUAGGGCUGGGUUUGGGUGUUGUUUUAGCAAAAUGCUGAAUAGACCAAAUUGAAAAUAUAUAUAUAUAUAAAUUAAAUAUAUGCUAGAUGAAAAAAAAAAAAAGCCAACCCCAGCCCUAAUCAUAAAUGGGUCACAGGCUGACCACUUGGGGUUAGGUUCCAUUUUAGUUGAUGUUACAGUUCAAAUAAAUUUCCUUAUUCUGGUAUGAGAGCUUUAUAUGCCCAAAAUAGGGUCUUGAAAUAUUUCUUUGCAAGCUCCUUUGACUAUGAUGACCUGAAUGACUGAGAACCUUCACAGACAUCUUGAAAUAUUCCAUUUAAGGGGUAGAUGUGAACCUAGGUAUAAUCUUACUUGUAAACAGAUUGUCAACAGCUUUGUGGAUGUAGAAGGUCAGUUAUCAAAGGAACAACAACAAACUAAAAACUGUCUGAUUCAAAUUUUUGCUUGUUCCCUAACUCCCAGGCUUGGAGGACAAGUUGAUGAUGGCUUGAACCUCAAAGUGUUAUUGUGUGGCUCAUUCAAGUUGUUGAUAGUUUCUGGACAUUGGUGGCGCUCAGUGGCACAGAAGAAAUAAAUGAAUUAGUGCUUGGAUACAAUAUAUGGAUUACUUUUUAUAAUUUUGGUUUGCAUUGAGUUUGAUUAGAAAAGAUACAGAACUUUGCUAGUCUUGGUCUUUUAUUAAUAAACUCACACAGGAUAUGCUCUUAAAGGUAGUGCACACUAUGUGUUUAUUCACGUUUUGAUCUGAGCACAUGUGCCUGCGCAUAUAUAAUUCAUUUGUACUAUUAUUUAAAAUACAGGAGUGUUGUGCAUUUUCUAAUAUUCGCAUCAGUGCUUUUCUAUAAGCUUGUGCUAUAUGUGUGCUUUUGUCCAUGUUGUCAUUUACGUGAUACUGUGACAUUACAGGAAAAUAUCAAUAUGACAAAUUAACCUCAAACACUUUAUGUUAGAGGAAUAUGAUGCACAAAAGCAAUUCAAAAAGAAAAAAGUAUUUGACCAAAAUCUUUGAUUAUUUUAAGAGUCAGUAUUUAGGCAGGUAGAUGAGUCUACUGUAAGUCUCAUGGAAUCCCUCGACCAUGCACCAGCACAUUUUCAGUUUCUAUAACCAGGGACAGCACAAUAUUUCCACAAUACAGGGCAAUAAAAUUAUGCAAUCACCGCUUUGCUUGCUGAAUAAUCUACAUGGAAAAUCUGUUUCAACCACAGCCUCAGAGGAAAAAAAUUCAAAUUUUACUGCAAGUCAUUGAUCUAGUACAUCAAGUAACUAAGUCACAAGAAUAGGGUGUUGCUGGCCCCGUUCAUCAAACCUGGAAAUUACAAGUUUCAUAUUUUAUGUUGAACUUCAACAUUUUGCAGGAAAUCAAAUGAAAGUGAGGUUAUUUGGGUAAAUUGGGGCCCCUUAAGGUUUUUUUUGGGAAGUCUCUCUCUCUCUCUCUCUCUCUCUCUCUCUCUCUCUAUCUAUCUAUCUAUCUAUCUAUCUAUCUAUCUAUCUAUUAGAAAGCUAUUUUUUGCUACUGUUUCUCCGUCCAUAUCCAUACAGUGCUGUCAGCUGAGGGUGUAUAACUUGCUUAAAAUGUCUAGAACAAGGACCAAUAUUGAGUAGAAUAAUGCAUACGUUUGGCGGAUUGUUAGAGUUAAUAUAAAUGUGUAAGCAGAGGAUUCUGGUUAGUUUUUACCAAAGUCUAAGCCUACUGUGUCUUAAAAGAUGACACCACUUAGAUUAAGAAGGCAUAUAUUCUUUAGAUUGAUGUGGGCUAUGCAGUCAUGAUGUUAGCAGAAUCAGAUCUUCUUCAAAUCAAAGACUAUUUUAGAUUUUUUUUUGUGUGCAGCUAGAUCUACAUUAAACUACUGUGUAAGACUUGCAGUAACAAACUAACUGCUUAAACAAAACUCUGUGAGUCACAAUAACAGAAUAAAUGUAAAAACUAAAAGCUAAAAAAGUAGCUUAUGAACAAUUUUUCAAGUUAUUAAACUGGUAACUUCAGCUAUACAGAAAGCUUUGAUCAGGAAACAUUAGCUUGACUAAUUUGUAAGAAGAAGAAUGUGUUAUUUGGCUUUAGAAAUACGCAUAGUAUGUAAGGUUACAUAAUAAUAUCAUGGUUUCCUUAUCAUCAGUGAUGGCUUUCAAUUUAUGCUAUCAGAGUAUGAUGUUUUUUCUUAAACUGGGUGGUGUUCUCUUUUAAGUGUUGUUAAGCACCUGUUAGUGUUGUAAAUCUGUGCUUUUUACAUAGGGGGUGUCAUUGCCUUACAUAUAUUUUCCAAUAUUCGAGUGCAGAUGUUGAUAUUGUUAAUGUGGAGUAUUUUUCUUAGAUUGUGACUGCAUUUAAUACAUCUUUAGAACCAGCUGUAGUAAAGAUACACUGUGAUGAGAUGGCAAUGCUGUCAAGUGGAUUUUAAAGUGCUUUUCGUUCUUAUUGACCUUUUAUACAUUGGACAUACAACAAUCAAAGUAAGAGACAAAAAUACACGUUUGUGCCCAAAAAGGCUGUAAGAAUAGGCACAAUCCCCUUGCCGCCACCUGGAGUCACUGCUAAACAUUUUCUAUUUUAUGUAAAUGCUAACAUCACCCAGAUAUUAGAUCAGUGUACAGCUCUGCAUGGCUUUACAUUUUGGGUGCAUUCCUUAAAAAAGACCAGGAAGUUACAAGCUCUAGCUUUAUGUUGCUUGUUUUUCUUGUUGCCUUGCUAGGUGUUGGCAGAGCUUUAAUUCUCUUUUGCUAAUUUAUGCCUCAACAGAGAAAGAAAUCAAGGGAGGAAAAGAGCAGAAGCAGGAAUGAGGAAAAUGUUUGAGGGAGGAAGAGGUAGAGAAAAAAAACGGAUUCAGGCAAAACAGGAGGUAAGCUCUUAUUUGAAUUUGAGAAGAUUUGAGCAGCAGGAAUGAUGGGAAGGUUUCCAGUGAAGGGAAAUGUUAUAUGAAUCCAGGGUGAUUGCAGUGCUUUGAAAAAUGUUCCCUUUGAGUGCUUUGCUGGUGUAAUGAGACUUACCGGCUUAGUUUACUCACAGAGCUUCAAAAGUUCCUGCCUGCGGUGACAAAUGCAGAUUUUGCUUGCUUCUGAGGAAACUGAUUCUAUCUUGCGAACACAGAUCUUUGUAAGUACUCUUUCCUGAGAAGAAAAUGGUAUUACAACAAGGCGUCAGAAUAGUCACAUAAAUAGUGGUCCAUUUCAUCGAAAGGAGAAAAGUUAUGCUGGGACAAAGCACUCAGGUGACUUAAAUCUCUGAACUUGCAACCAAAAACUUUAUGUUCACUCUCAGAUGGCAUGACACUAAAUAAUUUAUUAAUUUUAUCUCAGAAUUAGAUUGGGGUUUAACUUCAGUGACAUGGUGGUGAAGCAAGAAGGUUUAGGAUUCAAACCCAUUGGCCAACCUGGGAUUUUUUUCAUGUUCUCUGUGUUUUGUGCAGGCUCUCUGUUCCUUCGCACUCCCCACAAUUUUUGUGUUUUAGAUUAACUUUUGAAUGGUUCUUCUCUGUGUUGGCUGUACUCAGUCCCUUGAUACAAAAUUAAGGGUAGUUAAACUAUCAAAGAGCUGCAAGGAAUUAUCUUUUCAUUCAGUGAUUUGAAGCACCACUUUGGGCCAAACAGAAAUACCUUAGCUAUCGAAUAGAUUACUAAUGUUGUGUUGAAGCAGUCCAGUUCCAUAAAGGAUGUACCCUACUGACGUGAGUGGCUCUCUAGCACCGGUCAUCAAAGGAUCAUGCCACCAGGUCUUCAGUCAUAAGACUCAUAUCAUUUCCAGUAAAACUAUAUUAAUGACUUUAGGUGAUCAACAAAUGUUUCAGUACAUAUGUGUAUUAUCAUCUCUCAAACUCCACACUAGAUGGUUAGAUAGCUUUAGAUAAUUAGCCAUUACCACUGUUCACGUGCUGUCACGCUCAUAUUAGCAAAACACCAUUGUGUUGCUGCCUGAUGAAUCUAGUAGCAGAAUUUUCUUGUUUAUUUUGCUCUGUGGACCUAACCACCACUGGAGCCACUGAGGGUAUAGGACCCCAGGAAACCUCAAUUCAUUAACAUCUUUCAGUAGAUUGAAUAGUAAUUUGUUAACACUGUGAUGUCUAAGUUAGUCAUCAGUGGUAACCCUAAGCCAGUCUUGGCAGUCAGAAGACAAAGAAUGUAAUAAUUAGUUCAUCAAAAGUUAUUUAUACUAAUUAAGUAUUACAUUAAGUAAGACAGUUAGAGCUGUCAUUGAUGAUGACUUAGACCUCACAGGUGGUUAUUUUACAAACUCUACCAAAAAUAGAUUGGAUCUUUGCAAAGAUUUUUUUUUUUUUGCAUUGGGAUGUGAGGCUUCAGUUAGAGGGACAGUUUUUCUUCUAAAUGUCUGUUAUAUACAGGCUGAAGAGAAAGUCUAGGCCUUAUGUCAAUUGAUACUGGGGUUUUUACUGUAUACGGCAACAUCACAGUAACAUUUUGUAAUCCCCUCCCAUUUUACUUCCUGAGCUGACAGAGGCUGGCAGUAGGAGUGGCUGCUGUCGUGUUGUGCUCCAUUGCAGCGUUGUUGCGCCAAGCUGCCUUGGCUGGGGUUAUUUUUGGCUCACACCUAGUUUUAAUCCUGUCGUGAUUCUCCUACGGAUUAUUCCUGCUUCCUCUCCCCUCCACACCUUCUCCCGCUUCCACUUUCACCCCACCUCCUCUCUUUCUCACCUCCUCUUCUCCCUCUCUCUUUUGCACUUUCUCACCCUCUCCUCCUGUGUGUCUUCUUUUAACACCACCACCAGUCUUCCUCUGCAUGUAUCUGUGUCAUCAUUAAUAUAAUAUCUUCAGCCAUACUGUUGACCAGUCACGUCAAUGAUUAAUUCAUUCAUUAGGUUUUAUACAUGCUGUUGUCCCUAUACACUCCAAAUAUACAAAGAAAAAACAUUAUCAGUAAUCCUGUUAACACCACUGUUUGCUGUGUAGUGUGUCUCCUUUCUCCUAUAGAUAAAUAUAUGUUUGACACAACAGAGACAGAAAGUCUGCUGGAGUAAGUGACUGCACUGUGAAAUGAAUUAGUGUUUUGGUGUGUUUGGGGUUGGCUGCAGUUUGUGACUAUCACUGUGCAAAGUUGUUAACAACUGACAGACUGAUAAAAGUGUUUCUCUUGUAGAAAAAGACUGUGAGGUUUUUUGUGGGGGGUUUUUUAAACAUAAAUGAAUGCUCCUUGAAACGUCCUGUUAUGUUACCCAAGCAUUAGUGCCUAUGGAACCUGGUCUUUGGCGCUGCUGACACACACCAACAGAGGAAGUCAAAGCUGUUUUAACCCUCCAUGAUGACUGCAAUCCCAAAGAGUUUUGGGGAAAGUUUUUGGCCUUGGUUUUUACUCUUGAGCUCUGCUAGAAUAGAUUUGCACAAUUCACAGUUCAAAAUAAUUAUGCUAUAAUCUGUCCUCAGUUCAUCCUCUGUACAAGAUAACUUAAUUAUUUACCUUAAUCUGAUUGGAGUUUUGAAACACAUGUAUGUAGGGCUUCUGUCCUCAUGCCUCAGAUGACCAUGUGAACAAAUUAUCUCUGUUUGACAGCUAAGUAUUUAGAUAAGUCUGGGUUUUUGGUUCAGGCUGAUAUUCUCACACCGACCAUGUCUUUAAUGCGCAUGUGACAGAAAAAUAAAGAUAAAGCAUAAUAGGGCCACUCUAAAAAAGCAGCACACAUUAUGAAUCAGGUGCUAUAGGCAAGGUGUUUGGAUAAAAUAACUGUGUUUCUGUUUAAAAACUUGUUUUGCUUGGUUACUCUUUAGCAUGAAAGAGGGAAUUACAAAGGAAAUAUCUGCUUUCAAAAAUCUGGCUGACUUAGUUUUGAUAGACCGGUUGUUGGAGUGGCUGGUAGGUAAAUUCGGAGGUCUGCUAUAUACAGAGUUUUGAGCUGAACCAAUACUAUCACACAUCAUUUCAAAAUGAAUCUAAAAUUUUGCCUAGGACAUUUAGAAAGGAGUCUCAGUGACCUUUGCACCCAUGUUUUGAGUCUCUGAUAGAAGUAAAUGUUCUUUGAACACAUUAUCCAGUAAGCAUUAAACAAUGUACAUUAUAUCAGCUUGCGUGUUUUCCGUGACUUGUGUGACUUAAAUGCAGCUUACCUCUCAGAUGUGAAAUAACACAAACCUUCCCGGCAGCAGAAAAAGGAACAAGUAGUCUUCCAUAAAUGCAGACAUCUAGGUGUUCCGCUGUUGACAAAACUCUAGUUAGCCAUGUCAGCUGUGACUAAAAAUAGACAGACAAACUUUUAAUUUUUUAAAACUUUUUUGUGGUAUGUCAAAAUGAUAUUACCUGGGCCAAAAUAUUAUCCUGAAUCCUUUUCCAAAAGGCUUUUACACUAACUGAUGGAGCGCACACACCACAUUUGCAGCCCAGCUCUGGCACUGACAGCCGAUUUUAAAAUGCUCUGGACAUGAACAGAAGGAUUUUGGAUGGACUUUGAGCCCAGGCUUGCAUACUGUACACGUGUCUCUUGUAGCUGAGGAGCUGAACAACACUGAUCAGACCAGCUAAAACUACAACCGUUAGUAAGAGGACAAUGUACGGGAAUGUCUCAGUUUCAAUUUAUUAGAAGACAUAUGCUUUUGAAUGCUCUGAAUAUUUUAAAUGUAAACUCCUUUUCUACUGCCUGCUGUUGACGCUAUAAAUAGU